AUGCAGCACGACGAUGUGGUAUGGAGUAUCAUCAACAAAUCAUUUUGUUCCCAUAAAAUCAACACAAAAACACAAAAAAUGUGCAGAAAUGAGUAUAAUUUGACCGGUUUGUGUAACCGAUCAUCUUGCCCUCUAGCAAACAGCCAAUAUGCUACUAUAAGAGAAGAUAAAGGUAUUAUAUACCUUUAUAUGAAAACUGCUGAAAGAUCUGCCUUUCCAAGAAAACUAUGGGAAAAAGUGAAGCUUUCACGAAACUUUGAAAAAGCCAUCCAUCAAAUUAACGAAAACCUUUUAUACUGGCCUGGAUUUAUAAAAUCGAAAUGCAAACAGAGAUUUGUCAAAAUCACUCAGUAUUUGAUUAGGAUGAGGAAAUUGAAACUAAGAAGACAAAAAUUGAUUGUACCUUUACAAAGGAACAUUGAAAGAAGAGAAAAGAGGAGAGAAGAAAAGGCACUUAUUGCCGCUAGAAUAGACAAAGGUGUUGAAAAAACUUUAUUAGACAGGCUUAAAAAAGGAAUAUAUCAAGACCUAUACAACAUUCCCAAGACUGCUUUUGAUGAAGCCCAAGAAGAAAAUGAAGUGGAAGAUGAAGAAGAAGAAAUCGAAGACGAAAAAGAACUAGAAGAUGAAGCUGACAGGCUUGAAUAUGUUGCAGCAGAUUCUGAUGAAAGCGAAGCUGAAAGUGACAGUGGAAGACCGGAAAGUGUGGAUUUGGACAGCAGUUUUGAGUCAUCAGGCGGAUCAGACAUUGAGGAUAUAAUGACACCGUCUACUUCCCAAAGUAAGAAGGGUAGUGGGAAGAAACCCACAAAACCUUCAUCAGCGAAGAAGGGCCAGAAACCAAGGGUAGAAGUUGAGUAUGAAAUUGAAACUGUAUCCACACCUCAGAAGGUUUCAACUUAUUAA